AUGUCAACCUUGGGAGUCAACUUGGCUGUUACCAAAGACGGUGAGGCCUACAACAAACUACAGCGACCUGAUGGUUACCUUAUAUCGACGCAGCCAGCUCCAACAAAACCUCCGACAGCUCCUCCGACGGCACACAACGCCAAAAGAAAGUGCGCGCAAGAGGACGUACCUGAAGUUAAGCGCGCCAGGAUUGAGCGCAACACAGCGCAUUCCAAAAAAAGACCACGCGCUUUAGAUUCGUACCAAGAGUAUGGAACACGGACGGUGCUACCAGGACUCGAUGGCGAAGAGCAGUCAUCCGACGAGUCUACAAGCGAAGCGUUAGCAUACCUUCACAGUGUCCGGUCUGAAGCAUCAGCGAUCCCGACCCUGCUCGUAGCGCCGAACAACAUCACCACCGGCGAUAUCGACUCAGACUCAGACGAAGCGCACUACAGGAUCUCUACGCACAGUCAACGCGUCAUAUACAAGGAGGGAACUUGGAUCGCUGUGGAUAGAGAACACAAUGCUGCCAAGUGGGAGAAAGACUCGUUCGCCCUUGACCCACAACAAAGUUGCAACAAUAUGCUCCUCCAGCGCUUUAAGAAUCUUCGCAACAAGCUCGCCGAGAUCCGAAAGAAUGGGCAGGUACCGAAACCGGCAGCGAAGCAUAAAAACACAGAAAAGUCUGGGAAGCAGAAAUGGUCGGAAAUCAUAGAGAAUGAUUUCCCGGACCUCCAAGAGGUCGCUCGCAUGGAUGAAUCGACGCUGUAUGUGGCUAUACAAGGUUGCACGUUGGCCUUAGGUCGAUCGGCAAAGGUAUCUCGUCAGGAGAGCUGUUGGGUAUGGACUUUGUUAGCCCUGGUUGGAGAUUUCGGUACUUUGGACCAUGAGCGCGUCAGCAGGAUUCGGGAUUUGGGGCUCAGUGCCGGUCGACUAAUGGAGCGAUUCUAUGCAGACAAAACGACAUCGACGCGCGAUGCACAAGAAGACGAAGACAACAGUACAGACGUCCCUGAUUCUAACACUGGAAAACAAGAACCUUACACUCACAAUGAAGAGGAUUCCACGGGAGAGGGGGGGCCUACGCCAAGCCACGGUCCUGACGAGAAAGAUAUUGUAUCACAUUCAGAUUUCCAUAAGUCGGACGACGUCGCGCUGGGUCAAGACGCAGUGAAUGAAGAGGCGAGUGAUUCUGACGCAGAGAUGAUCAUAUCUGAGGACGAAGAACAACCCGAAGGUACCUCAGAUGAUGGAGGGCUCGAAGAGGCCCGGGCGCGUCUUCUUGCGCAACUCGGGGAUCGUUUGGUACAUUCGCAGAUGCCCAUACCCGAUACGCCACCGACACAAGCCUUCCACCAUCUUUCACGGGUCGAGGCUGAGAGACAGCGACAGGAAAUACGCAGAGGAGGCCCUCAACAUGACAUGGCCCCCAAAAAGUUGACACCCGUUUCCGAGCCGACACAGGCAAAAUCACAGGCCAUCACUCCAUUGACCGAGAGUGACUGGAACACUAAGGCAACCAUCGAUAUGAUUCUUACGGUAGUAGCAGAGUGCUACGGACAGAGGGAUCUGCUAAAAUUCCGAGCAGCAUGGUAG